GUAUUAAAUAUUAUAUAUAAAAGAAAUCCCUAAUGGUAAUUUAAAUGGAGCACGGUGGAAGAGUUGACGAAUUCCUUUGUCAAGAAAGACAAGAAAAGCGUGUCAUCCGGGCCGGCUUUCCAUUCCCAACGACAUUUGCAGAGUAAUGAAAGUGGCGAAACUCCUUGACCAACCAACCAACAACGCGUCCGAACCAGUGCUUCUUGUUCUGAUAAGAUAACCUACUUAAAGUUCAAACAACUCAGAGAUUGAUGGCUUUGAAAUGUGUUGCUCUGUUGGGGUGGAGUCAUUAUGAAUUUCCCGGGUGGAAUCAGUCCUCUAACCCGGCACCCGUUACCGUUAGAUGGUUUUCAGGUCACAGGUCAAUAAGCUCCUCCGUUCAAGUUGGCAAAGCAUCUGCUACUCAUAACCAAGGAAGGAAAUUCCACAAGGAUUUGACUUCUCUCCCAAAGCCAUUAACUGUUGCUGAUUUAUCAGUCACUCCUGAUGAUUCUUCAAAGGUGCGGAUAUCAUUUAAGGGGACACUAGGUUCUUACGCUGAGGAUGCUGCACUCAAAGCCUACCCUAAAUGUAAAACAGUACCCUGUGAUGAGUUUGAAGAUGCAUUUAAGGCGGUUGAAUUAUGGCUAGCUGAAAAGGCAGUUCUUCCAAUUGAGAAUUCUUCUGGCGGUAGUAUCCAUCGCAACUAUGAUUUACUCCUUCGUCAUAGGCUUCAUAUAGUUGGUGAGGUGCAGCUGCCUGUCAAUUUCUGUCUACUAGCUCUGCCAGGGGUCAGAAUGGAGCAGUUGAAACGAGUGCUAAGUCAUCCCCAGGCACUUGCCCUGAGUGACAUUUUCCUGAGUAAGUUGGGUGUAGCCAGGGAAAAUGUUGAUGAUACAGCUAGCGCUGCUCAGUACGUAGCCUCAAAUGGCCUGAGGGAUGCUGCUGUUGUUGCAAGUAUUAGAGCUGCACAAGUCUAUGGACUUAAUGUACUUGCAGAGAAAAUUCAGGAUGACCCUGACAAUAUCACUCGGUUUCUGGUAUUUGCUAGGGAUCCAAUAAUUUCAAGGACUGAUAAGCCCUUUAAGACAAGUAUUGUAUUUACUUUGGAAGAAGGGCCUGGGAUAUUGUUUAAAGCAUUGGCAGUGUUUGCACUGAGAGACAUAAAUUUGACAAAGAUUGAAAGUCGGCCCCAGAGAAAACGGCCAUUAAGAGUAGUUGAUGACUCCAACACUGGGGCAGCCAAGUACUUUGAUUAUCUUUUCUAUAUUGAUUUUGAAGCUUCUAUGGCUGAGCCUCGUGCACAAAAUGCUUUGGUGCAUUUGCAGGAAUUUGCAACAUUUCUUAGAGUACUUGGUUGCUAUCCCAUGGACACGACUUUGUAGCUGUCUCGUAUGCACUCUUUUCAUAUCCAUGUCCUUUUUGAGUUAGCAGUGGUGAUAGGGGAUGCAUCUUGAAGAGAGGUCCCAACGCGGGAUAUAUAAAAUGCUUUGAAGUCAGAUUCAAGGUAGGAUUUGAUACAAUCAAUUGAAGAUCAUAGCAUGAGAGCUACAGGGAAAUUAUCCUUAUCAGUUAGAAAGUUCAAACCAAGCUACAUAGUGUAGCAUACUCUGCAACAAGAUGACACCGUUAGUCCACAUAUAUAAUAGGUACUUUUUUCUUUGUUAAUAUUUUAGCCGGAGAUUCCAUAACAUGUAAAAUCCCUCCAACUUAGAUUGUACUAGAGAUUUUGGGAUCAAUAGUUGUUAUGCUAACGCUAAUUCAGCGUCAUGUAUUAUUUUCGUUGGUAUAGCCAGAGUGUCACCAGAAAA